CUCCGCCGUAUUGUGGACUUAUCUGGUUACCUGCCCGAUUGCUACAAUAUCCAUCUCGAGGAGCUGAACUCAUAAGGGGUCCAAGGGAAGCAUGGGUCUCGGGCACUGCUCUUCCUGUUCGGAGGGGUAGUUUGUGCUGUUUAUGGGUACAAGCUGGAACUGUCUGCAAUAUUAAGCCUUCAAAAUGACCAUAUGUUAAAUGGAAUAACUGAAGAGGAUAUCAUAAACUACCCAAAUGGUGGUAAAAGUUAUCCUCAGAGCUGUACUGCAAUAAAGAAUGAAAAAAGUGGUCUGUAUGUCGUGGAGCCUCUACCUAGUAAGCGCCUGUUGGUAUGGUGUGAACUUGAUGGAAAAGAUGGAGGCUGGACUGUCAUUCAAAGGAACUGUCAUAAAAAUCCAAGAAUCUGGGAUACUACUUGGGCUUAUUACAAGAAAGGUUUUGGAGAUCUAAAAGGUGACCAUUGGCUCGGUAAUGAGUUGAUACAUUUACUGAGUACCCAACAGCUACACCAUGUACGUUUUCGCCUCCGGCCAUCAUCUGGAUUAGAGCACCUAGCCAAUUACGACUCAUUCUCGCUUGAGGGGGAAAAUCUUUGCUAUCGGAUUAGGUUAGGAAGGUACUCAGGUAGUGCUGGUGAUGCCAUGACAUCUGGAGAGCCCAGUGCCGGUCAUGACAACAUGAAAUUUUCCACCCGUGAUCAAGACAAUGAUUUGUCAGGGUCCAACUGCGCCUAUAUUGGUGGGGGUGGCUGGUGGUAUGACAACUGCAGGUUCGCUAAUCUAAAUACUGGUACUGGUAUUUACUGGCAACAACUAUGCAAGGGAAAUUGUCAGUCAAGUCAUAUCCUUAUACAGCCUGUUCAAAACUGUUCAGCGGGGGUCAUUGUAUCAUUAUUCAUGAUUAUUAUGCCUAAUGAAGCCUAUCACUAUCUAGAUAUUGUCAUGGCUGUUGCAGAAUGA